ACCACGGUACAAGUUAGGUUUAUUGUCGUGCCGUUUUAUUUAUCACAGGGUGAGGCAGGGCCUCCUUCAGAGAAAGAACUUGUUUCCAAUGCAGUACAACAAGCCGUUGCACCAUCAGUUGGUUUAUCAGGGGAGAACGUCGCAAUGGAAUCUAUUCUUCCCAUUGUAGCAAGCCAGAGAGAAAGAUUUAAAAUCAGAAAUAUGGAGUUAGAAGCACAACUACGCCAUAACCAGCAACAGAUCAGUGUGUUACAAAACGAGGUGGACACUUUGCGGUCGGAUAACGUGAAAUUAUACGAGAAAAUCAAGUUUCUCCAGAGCUACCCAACUAAGGGUGCUGGGGGUCGGGACGAAGAAGCUGCAGUCAGCAGAUACUCGUCACAAUAUGAACAAAGGUUGGAUCCCUUUUCGGCUUUCAAUCAGAGGGAGAAACAACAACGAUAUCUCGGGCUCAGUCCACAUGAAAAAGUAACUCUUAACCUGGUAAGUGGAAGAAAAUUUUUGCAAAUCAUUUCUAAUUUUUAA